AGCGGGACAGCGACAGAAAAGAAAAGAAAAGGCCGCCAGCCCUCGGCGGCGCCGGCGUCUUUGGAACCUCCGCCCGCCGCACCCUCGCCUUAUUUCCCUCUCCUGCCUCUCUCUGCCUCUCCGCCUGCUCCUGCCUGCCACCCUGCAUUGCGCGCGCGCAGGUUUCAGACUCCCGAGACCUCUGCCUAUCAGUUUCGAGUAUUGACACUCGAUAAGCUGGAAGCAACAUAAGGCUAUUCUUUUGAGAAAUAUGAAUCCCUAUUUCUUUGGUUUCAUUCUCCCUUUUGUUGCGUCUCUGCUGCUCACCAAGAGGAAAUCUGAGAAGAAGAGGGGAGUGCCGGUCGAUGUGGGUGGAGAGCCUGGGUGCGCCGUCCGCAACCACAGAUUUGAACGGCCCGUCGAAUCGCACUGGGAAGGGGUUUCCACGCUUGCUGAGCUAUUUGAGCAAUCAUGCGAGCAGUUCGCCUACAUGCCCCUAUAUGGCACCAGGAAGCUCAUUGCAAGGGAGUUGGAGGUGGCUCCUGACGGGAGGUCCUUUGAGAAGCUUCAUUUGGGGAACUAUGAGUGGAAAAGCUAUGCUGAUGCAUUCAAGACUGUGUGCAACUUUGCUUCUGGCCUACUGAGAGUUGGGCAUCUGAAGGAUGAGCGUGUUGCUAUUUUUGCUGAUACUCGGGCUGAGUGGCAGAUUGCGUUGCAGGCGUGCUUCAGACAAAACAUUGCAGUUGUCACAAUCUAUUCCUCUUUGGGGGAGGGAGCGCUAUGUCACUCACUAAAUGAGACUGAGGUAACUACUGUUGUCUGCGGACGGAAGGAACUGAAAAAGCUGGUUGAUAUAAGUGGGCAACUUGACACUGUGAAACAUGUCAUCUACAUUAAUGAAGAAGGUGUAUCAACUGAAGUAUCCUUGGCUGAAAAAUGCACUAGCUGGACCAUUAAGUCAUUUGAGGAGGUAGAGAGCUUAGGACUGGAAAGGCCUGUUGAAGCAAACUUGCCUCUUCCAUCAGAUACUGCAGUGAUUAUGUAUACAAGUGGCAGCACAGGAAUGCCUAAGGGAGUCAUGAUGAGCCACCGCAAUGUCUUGGCUGUAGUUUCAGCUGUUAUGACCAUUGUGCCUUAUCUUGGCAAGAAGGAUGUGUAUCUGGCAUACCUUCCACUAGCACAUAUCCUUGAAUUGGCAGCUGAGGCAAUCAUAACUGGUGUUGGGGCUUCAAUAGGAUAUGGAUCACCUUUGACCCUGACUGAUACAUCCAAUAAAAUAAAAAAGGGGACUCGAGGUGAUGCUUCUGCACUGAAGCCAACACUAAUGACUGCUGUACCUGCUAUACUUGAUCGUGUUCGUGACGGUGUACGAAAAAAUGUAGAUGCAAAGGGUGGGUUAGCAAAGAAAUUAUUUAAUAUCGCCUACAGCCGUCGUCUAGCUGCUGUUAAUGGAAGCUGGUUGGGUGCAUGGGGACUAGAGAAGCUCUUGUGGGAUAUGCUUGUCUUUCAGAAAGUUCGUGCAAUCUUGGGAGGAAGGAUUCGCUUUAUCCUUGCAGGGGGGGCACCUUUGUCAGGGGACACUCAGAGAUUUAUCAAUAUAUGUCUUGGGGCUCCAAUAUCGCAAGGAUAUGGUCUGACUGAAACUUGUGCUGGUGGGACAUUUUCAGAGUAUGAUGAAACGUCCGUUGGCCGUGUUGGUCCUCCUCUGCCUUGUUCAUACAUUAAGUUGAUAGACUGGGCUGAAGGUGGAUACUUAACAACUGAUUCACCAAUGCCUCGGGGUGAAAUAGUUAUUGGAGGUCCAAAUGUAACUAAAGGCUACUUCAAAAAUGAAGCAAAAACAAAUGAAGUCUACAAGGAUGAUGAAAGAGGCAUGCGGUGGUUCUACUCUGGUGACAUUGGGCGCUUGCACCCAGAUGGCUGUAUUGAAAUCAUCGACCGUAAGAAGGACAUUGUCAAGCUUCAACACGGUGAAUAUGUAUCUCUAGGAAAGGUGGAGGCAGCUUUGAGUGUGUGCCCAUAUGUUGACCAGAUCAUGAUCCAUGCUGACCCCUUCCACAGCUACUGUGUCGCCCUUGUUGUAGCUGCACACAGCGAGCUGAAAGGCUGGGCCUCAAAACAAGGAAUCACGUAUCGUGAUUUUGCAGAUUUGUGCCAGAAGCAACAGAUUGUCAAAGAAGUCCUCCAAUCUUUGGCAAAGGCUGCUAAACAAGCGCGACUGGAGAAGUUUGAGAUCCCAGCCAAAAUCAAGCUCAUACCGGAGCCAUGGACGCCAGAGUCAGGCCUCGUUACGGCUGCCCUCAAGCUCAAGAGGGAGAUAAUUAAGAAGGCAUACGAGAAGGACCUUGCCCAGUUGUACAGCUAGUGGCGCUCCCACUAGCUUUUCUCAAGAAUUUCGUGUUUGUUCCAGUUGUAGUAUGUUUUGAACAGCUGUUUUUGCGAAGAGAAUAGCUGAGGUUGUAAGAAGUGAGAUCGACGCAGGUGAUUCAGUCGCCAAUAAUGUGCAGUGUAUUCCCAGAAAGCCACUAACUUGCGGAAUUAAGGAUUCCUUUCACACCUAAGAGCAACCGUGUUCUUAGCAGGCUAUCUGCACAUUUUGGUCGAAUCUUUGUUGAAUAUUCACUGCCAUGGUUCCCAUAAAUUUUACAAUGUGGAAUAAGAAAAUUUUAA